GGGGCCGAGUCCCGCCUCCCUCCCGCAUCAUCCGGAGCGGAGCGGACGCCAUGGUGCGCUUCAAGCACAGGUACCUUCUGUGCGAGCUGGUGUCGGAGGACGCGCGCUGCCGCCUGAGCCUGGACGACCGCGUGCUGAGCGGCCUCGUCCGCGACACGAUCGCCCGGGUGCACGGGACCUUCGGCGCCGCCGCCUGCUCGGUGGGCUUUGCAGUUCGGUACCUCAAUGCCUACACUGGAGUAGUGCUACUUCGAUGUCGCAAGGAUUUCUGCCAGCUUGUGUGGUCAGCUCUCCCUUUCAUCACACAUCUGGAGAACAAAGGACACCGAUACCCAUGUUUUUUCAACACACUACACGUGGGAGGUACAAUUAGAACCUGUCAGAAAUUCCUGAUUCAGUACAACCGGAGACAGCUGUUGAUCCUGCUGCAGAACUGUACUGAUGAAGGGGAGCGGGAAGCCAUUAAGAAGUCUGUCUCAAGGAGCUGUCUACUGGAGAAAGAGUCUGCGGAAGAGCUUUCAGACAGUGCUGGUGAGGAGGCUAUGGAAGCAAUGGAGUGACAGUUUCCAGGCCCACCUGUGGAACUGCAAAACUGUCCCCAGACUGACUACCAACCAGAGCAUGGGGGACCUUGGAACGGAGGACUCCAUGCUCCUGGAGGCUUUGUACUGACCAUUUGAAUGUAAUCGCCGAGCUGAGUGGUAGAAUAAACAAAUAGUUUUGGCUUCUAGAGCAACAUUCAUAAACCACAAAAA